AUGCAUUUACCGACCAGCCAGAGCCUGCUGAAGAUGUCGGACAUGUACGCCUCGUUGCAGGAGACGUUGCAGGAGUACCACGGGGAGCUGGUGCAGACCGGCAGCCCUGCCAUCUUGUGCAGCGUGUUGCCCACGCACUGGAGGUCCAACAAGAGCCUGCCGGUGGCGUUUAAGGUGGUGGCGUUGGACGACGUGCCCGACGGUACGGUGGUCACGCUGAAGGCCGGCAACGAUGAGAAUUUCUGCGCGGAGUUGAGGAAUUGCACGGCGGUGAUGAAGAACCAGGUGGCGAAGUUCAACGAUUUGAGGUUCGUCGGGAGGAGCGGUAGAGGGAAGAGUUUCACGUUGUCGAUUACGAUUAGCUCGAAUCCGUUCUAUCAGAUGGCUACUUAUAAUAAGGCUAUUAAAGUGACCGUUGAUGGACCUAGGGAGCCCAGGACUAAGACCAGUUACCAAUACGGCUACGGCAUGCCGGGAAUCCCCGGAAGCUUCAACCCCUUCCUGCUGAACCCCGGCUGGCUGGACGCUGCCUACAUGACCUACGCCUUCCCCGAUUACCUCCGACGCACGGUAAACAUCCCCCCGCAACCGCCUCUCGUCAAACCCCCGCCCCACGACUUCUUCAUACCGCCGCCGCCUCCACCAGCAGCCUUCCACGCCAACCCGACCUUCCUGCCGCAGUACGCCCCGGCGCCGGAGCUACCGUUGCGGACGCUGCCAGCGAACCAGCCCCAGGAGACCGAGAUCCACUCCACCAUGGACAACCAAUCCUCUUCGGAAGCCGACGAGGAGGAGGACAUCGACGUGGUGAAGUCCGCCUUCGCGCCCAUCAAAUCGGCCAGCACGCUGCUGCAGGAGAUCCAGCAUCCGGACUCCACCGUGGCCGAUAAGGAGCCCGACAAGUGCGAUCGUAGGGGGGCCCCGGGCGCCCUGAGGACGGUCAAAAACGUUUCGGUUAGUGCCGGCUCGCCCGACACCAAGUUGACCUCCUCCAUCAAGGCCGUGUGGAGGCCGUAUUAGAUCUGCGGCAGGAACUGGAAUUGGUCGAUUGGACGGAGUGCUGCGUGUGAUGGUUUGGGUGUCGCGGCGUUGCCGUUGUGGCGGAUGUUUCGGGAACGUUGGGGAAUCCGUAAUAUGUGGUAGAUUGUAGCAGGAGCGAUGCAGGAACUAAAAUUAUCGCGGUAAUUUUAGAUUCUGUUUGAUGUUACGCUGCGAUUCGAUUCGUUGCAAUAAUCGGUAGAUAUGAUAGAAAACGUUUGUAAAAUUUGUAAUAUAAAUUCUUCGAUAUUUAUUUGUACAUACGGACGCUAGUUUUUUGUUGUAAAUAAUUUGUAUAUUUAUGGAAGAUGUGUUAUAGAUAUUUGAGAAAUUUUAAUAAAACGCGAUAAGAACCUCUCGACAAUGUGCUGCAAUUGUGAUAGCAGAUAAAUAGGGUAUUUUUGUA